CUGACGUCAGCAGCGUGAGCUCGUCUCGCAGUCGGUGAUUUCUCGGUUGAUUUGUCGGUUCUGAUGGAGGUGUCGGUCCCGAUCGACCCGCUGUUUCUGGCCUGGAGCUGCUUGAGAAGACGAGAGCUCCAGAGAUGCGCCGAUAUCUGUUCGAAGAUCUUAACGGACAGUCCGUUUGACCAGGAACCUGGUACUUGUCAUGUUUCUGAGGCGGUGUGGAGCUUAAAGACUCGAGCUCUGACGGAGAUGGUGUAUGUAGAUGAAGUGGAGGUGGACCAGGAGGGAAUCGCUGACAUGAUGUUGGAUGAGAGUUCCAUCGCACAGGUUGCUCGUCCUGGAACAUCACUGAGACUUCCAGGAACAAGUCAGGCUGGAGCGCCCACUCCGGCUGUCAGACCAAUGACUCAGUCCGGACGUCCCAUCACAGGGUUUGUGAGACCCAGCACACUGUCUGGUAGACCCGAAACUAUGGAGCAGGCGAUCCGAACCCCACGAACAGCGAGCACGGCCCGUCCAGUCACCAGUGCUUCUGGGAGAUUCGUCAGAUUGGGAACGGCUUCCAUGCUAACAAAUCCAGACGGACCCUUCAUAAACCUUUCUAGGUUAAAUUUGGCAAAGUAUGCCAAGAUACCGAAUUUAUCAAAGACCUUGUUUGAAUACAUCUUUCUUCAUGAAAAUGAUGUAAAAAAUGCAUUAGAUCUCGCUGCUUUGGCUACAGAGCACGCUCAGUUCAAAGACUGGUGGUGGAAAGUUCAGCUGGGAAAAUGUUAUUACAGGCUCGGUUUGCACCGUGAAGCUGAGAAACAAUUCAGAUCAGCUCUCAGUCAGCAGGAGUUUGUUGAUACUUACCUGUACCUCGCAAAGGUUUAUCAGCGUCUCGACCAGCCCAUCACCGCUCUGAACCUUUUUAAACAAGGUCUGGAUCACUUCCCAGGGGAGGUCACCCUGCUCACAGGAAUCGCACGCAUCCAUGAGGAAAUGAAUAACAUGACCUCAGCCACAGAAUACUACAAAGAAGUCUUGAAACAGGACAACACACACGUGGAGGCCAUCGCCUGUAUUGGCAGCAAUCAUUUUUACACGGACCAGCCAGAGAUCGCCCUGCGCUUCUACAGGCGUUUGCUGCAGAUGGGGGUGUUCAACUGUCAGCUGUAUAAUAAUCUGGGAUUGUGCUGUUUUUAUGCACAACAGUACGAUAUGACCCUGUCCUCUUUUGAGAGAGCGUUAGCACUCGUGUCCAGUGAUGAUGAACAGGCUGAUAUCUGGUAUAAUCUGGGACAUGUUGCAGUGGGCAUUGGUGACUCAACUCUGGCUUACCAGUGCUUUAAACUGACUUUGGCUUUUAACAACAAUCACGGUGAGGCUUACAAUAACUUAGCUGUACUGGAGAUACGGAAAGGCCGUAUUGAGCAGGCGAAAGCUUUUCUGCAGACUUCCGCUUCAUUGUCGCCUCACAUGUACGAGCCGCACUUUAAUUUCGCCACGCUCUCUGAUAAGGUUGGUGAUCUUCAGAGUAGCUACAUGGCCGCUCAGAAGUCAGAAGAUGCUUUUCCUGAACAUGUGGACACUCAGCAGAUCCUGAAAAACCUCCGGCAGCAUUUCGCAACAUUAUAAGCUGUCACCUAACUUUUUAAUUACCUAAUUACCCAACUGUCACAUCACUGUGAGAAUGGUACAGACAGAAUAAAAUAGCCUUUAGGAGGUUUGUAGCUAGGUUCAUGCUGUCUCUCUAGCAGUUAAAAGUUUGAUCUAUAGCUCAUACAUGUACGCAUAUAUAUAUUUAAGGGAUAAUAGUUUUAGAGCUAUUCUUUUUAGUUCUGUAAUAAAAUCUACAGUUUCAAACAAAA